CUUCAUGUUUGCAUUCAUUCACUCACUCAUAGGGCAGCCCAGCCACGAAAGUCAUCAUGCCAUGCAUUCAACCUCGCCUACUGUACACACCUGACUCACCUUCUCUUCUCCCCCACGCAUUCCACCCCGCCCCCCAUUCCAUCCGUCCAUCCCAUUCACUUCACUAGUUGUUGGUUCCCUUGGGGUAGCGAUAGAAGAUGGGCCCCGUCACGCCCUGCUGCACCGUGUUGGGGCCCAUGAACACGUUGCGGUUGCCCUUGGCCCGCUCGAACCGACGGCUGACGUGCCGGCCCUCGCUGUUCUUCCAAAAGUUGGUGGCCUGGCUCCAGUCCUGCGUGUACCACCAUGAUGGGAACGUGCCGUAACAGAUCUCGCCACGCUUCAAGCUCCUCAGCUUGAAGUAAUCAACGCCGGCAUACGCAAAGGCCACCCUGCAAAGGAGCCAGCCGAGAGAGAGGGGGGGGGGAGAGAGAGAGAGAGAGACGCGCGAUGGAUCAGUGCAGUGGUGUCUGUCUGUAUGCCGGGUGGGCAGGUGCUGCAGCUCACCGCAUGGCCAUCUUCUGCCUCUGGCAUCUCGCCCGCUGCAGCCGCUCAAAGUUCUCCAUCACAUCGAAGGCCCUCUUACGCGGCUCAUUCCCGGUGCGUAUCCUGUUGCACUCCAUCGGCGCCCUGACGCUCUCCUCCUCCUGCUCCACUGGCCGCACACCAUCUGUCGGGUCCACCUUCCACCUGCCCUCAUCCACCAGCUCGGAGGGCUCCAGGAUCUUGACCAACUCCCCGGACACGCCAUCCCUAACAGCAGGGGCCUCGAUGGCAGCGAAUGGCUGGGCGUCCGAGCGAGGGCAGUGGAUCUCUUGCUUCUUUUGGUCAAGCAGCAGCGAAAGGGUCUCGAGCUGCCUGCUGGUGUGGUGAGGGAAGAGCCGCACUGCUGCUGGUGGCAGGGAGGGAGAGAUCUGCGGACCAGAGUGAAGGAGGCGAGCUGCAGACAUUGAAAGGGCGGGAGAGGCAGGCGAAGCAGAGCAACGUCGAAAAAGCAUUGCCGCGGGGAAAAUGUGACUGCAAAGAUUCUG